UAGGAGCCCGUCGUGUAUCAUUGGUACUGUUAGCAGGUGUGUGUUAGUGGCGUUGGUGGAACAUUGUCAGAGUGCUCCUGUUUGUGUCUAUAUCAUUAUUUCAGAAAGGAUUAGAAAGUGACUGCAGUACAUUAAAAUUAUGACGAGUCAGCAUCUGGACUGCGAUGACAUGGAAUUAACUUGUCUUCUGGCUCCUGUCGACUCUUUGCCCAAAAAGGCGGAAGCACCAGCUGGAGCAGACCCGCAGACUAUGAAAGUUUACCUAAGAGUUCGACCUUUCUCAAAAGAAGAACUUUCUGACAAUGAAGAUCAGCAUUGUGUAGUUAUUGAAAACGACCAGAUGGUGACACUGCAGGCACCAAGAGGUUCUGCCAGCAUGAAGAACAGUGAGAAAGGAGUUGGAAUGUCCAUCCACAAGUUCUCCUUCUCAAAGAUUUUGGGCCCAGCAACAUCGCAGUCAGAGCUGUAUGAUGAUGUCAUCAGUGGUCACAUGACUUCUUUCCUGCAUGGCGACAACUCUCUGAUCUUCAGCUAUGGAGUCACUAACGCUGGCAAGACUUUCACCAUCCAAGGAAGUGCAAAGCAGCCAGGAAUACUACCUCGAGUACUGCAUACUACAUUUAAGUACAUAUCAGGACAUCAGUAUGACAACAUGGACUUUAAACCUCACUUCAGAAACGACGUGCAGCAUCUCAGCGCUGAUCAAGUCAAGCAGGAGAGAAACAUCAAAGCUGCCAUCUUGGCUUCUUUUAAGGAGGAAUUUGAUCCCCAAAGAAAUAUUAAUGCAUCAGACUCCUCUUGUGUGACUCAACUCUCUCUGGCUAACAAUGACACAGAGUUUUCCGGCACGCUGACAGAAAGCACCGUUGACUUUGCCCUUUGGGUCUCAUUCUUUGAGAUCUACAAUGAAAGCGUCUAUGAUCUCCUUCAGCCAUCUUUUUGCUCAAAGUCUAAAAAACGUGCUGCCCUGCGCGUAUGCGACGACGGUGCCGGCAACGCUUACGUCAAAGAUUUGCGGUGGAUUAACAUUCAGGCUUUGGAUGAAGCCUGCAAACUUCUACACUUGGGGAACAAGAACAGAAGUGCUACUGCCACCAAGAUGAACCAAUUAUCCAGCAGAAGCCACAGCAUAUUCAGCUUGAAGCUGCUGAGGAUUGAGCGCAACAUGGUUACAAGAAUGUCAGAGUUUUCUCUGUGUGACUUGGCUGGUUCUGAGAGAUGCAACAAAACCAAAACGUUUGGAGAGAGGCUGAAGGAGGCAGGAAAUAUAAACAAUUCUCUGCAUAUUUUAGGAAAGUGCAUCAUGGCGCUGCGCAACAACCAGAUUGAAAGCAGAAUGAGGAGCAGCUACAUUCCUUUUCGGGAGAGCAAACUCACCAAACUGUUUCAGGCUGUCUUCUGUGGCAAAGGAAGAGCUUCCAUGAUCGUCAACAUCAACCAGUGUGCCUCCACUUAUGAUGAGACGCUACAUGUCAUGAAGUUCUCUGCUGUAGCCAAACAGGUGGUGCAGGUGAUCCCAGACAAGCCUGUGGGGUGUCUGUCUCCAUCCCUUGUGGGUCCUGAUUUCAAAGCUCUGGUAAAGAAUGUUGACAAGAAGUUGGAAAGAGGUCCUUCUGAAGAUGAACUAUUGAACGAUGGAGAUGAAGCAGACAUGUCCUUACUGCCCCAAAAUGAACUGCUGAAUGCGAUUGAAAGCCUCAAAACAAAACUGCAUUCUGAGCGUAGAAGGAACCUGCAGCAGGAGAUGGAGAUCCGUCAAGAAAUGGGUGAUGCAAUGUUGCAGCAGCUCAUGGAGAGUGAGGAACUCCGCAGCCAACAGAUUGAGGAGCUGAAGGAGAGCUACCAAGAAAAACUAGAGAGCACGUUUGAGAUGUACAAGGACGCUAUUAAAGAGCACGCUUACAAAAGUGCAAUGAAUAACCUGGAAGACAACUACGUGCCUCUUGAGGACUUCAUUGCAGAGCAGGACAAAGUUGAGGCCCUCAAACGACAGCUGGCACUGUUGCCGUCGGUUACCAGCCAGCCAGCGGUUACAAGUGUGCACGCUUCAACUCAAACUCUACAAUCCAAAGACUUUGAAGCAACUGAUGAUCGUUUGAGACGUCUUCACAAAGAGAAAACUGCAAUAGAAAUAAUGUGUGAAGACAAACAACAGUUAAUCUUAUCGUUGGAAAGGAGGCUGAUGGAGCUGAGUGAAACACUUCAGAAGGUUAGAGACAAUUUCUUGGAAAAAUCAGCUGAGCUUGAAGACCUGCAGGUGAAAACUCGUCAGCAGACAACAGCAAUGGAGGAAGUGUUGUGUCAGUGUGUGGAACAGGACAAAGAAAUCAAUUCCCUGAAGGCAGAAAUCUCCACGUUUGCUAACUUGCCUGUGCAGGUGAAGAGCAAGAAAGGUCUUCUAGCGAACAUCAGAGAAGUCGUCACUUCUCCUCGAAACACUUCAAGUGUUCGCCUGCUAAGAAGUGUGAGGACUCAACACCGCUGAUCUUUCUAACAAGUUAGAUGCCAGCAUUAUUUUAAUAACAAAUGUGUGUGCAUUUUGUACGACGGCCUUUUAUUAAAAUUUGAGAAUUAUUUUAAGAUACAA